CGGACUGACUCCCUUUCCUUUCUCCCCCUCUUCCUGCUUUCUCUAUCCACCCCUCCCUCCCUUUCUUUUCUUCUUCUCCUUCUUCGGGUUGAUCUCUCCCCGACUAAUUGAUUAGUUCGAUUUAAUCAAUCUCUCUUUAUCCCUCAAUUGUUCUUCUCUCUCACCUUAUCUCCAACCAUGUCCGCUGACGCCAAGUCCGCUCCUGCCACGGAGCAGAAGGUGAAGCCCACCAAGCCCAAUGAGGAGACCUUCAAGGCCGAUCUCGCCCAGGCGGAGAAGGAGCACGCCGCUGUUCAGGAGAAACUGAAUGAGAUCAAGGCCAAGAUCGAGACCGCCAAGCCCAACAACCAGGACUCGCCCGUCGCGAAGAGACAGCAGGAACUCCGCGCCGAGCUGUCUUCGAUCCGUCAGAAGCAGCAGGGCUUCAAGGCUGGUCGCUCCAGCACCCAGGAGAAGAUCAACGCUUUGGACGCCACGCUGAAGGCCCGCAUCUCCGAACAGAACAACUCGCGCGGUCGCAUGUCGUUCAAGAACAUCGAGGAAUUGGACAAGGAGAUCGAUCGUCUCGAGAAGCAGGUCGACUCCGGUACGUUGCGCCUGGUGGACGAGCGCAAGAUCCUUUCCGACGUCUCCAACCUCCGCAAGCAGCGCAAGAACUUCGCCGGCCUGGAAGAGGCCCAGAAGGCCAUCACCGACCUGAAGAACCAGAUCGCCACGCUCAAGAAGACCCUCGACAACCCCGAGGCCAAGGCUCUCAGCGACAAGUACGCCGAGAUCCAGAAGGAGCUCGAUGCCAUCAAGGCCGAGCAGGACAGUGCAUUCAAGAACCUGAACGCCCUGCGCGACGAGCGUACCAAGCUGCACGCCGAGCAGCAGAAGAAGUGGACCGCCAUCCGCGAGAUCAAGGACAACUACUACAAGGCUCGCAAGGCCUACAAGGAGUACGAGGAUGAGGCCUGGAGAAUCCGCCGUGAGAAGCAGAAGGCCCAGCGCGAUGCUUUCGAGCGCGAGAAGCGCAAGAAGGUCGCCGACAAGAAGCUGGAGGAGGCCUCCCGCCCCGCCUACACCGACGAGAUCCUGAUCGGUCAGGGUCUGAUCCGCCACUUCAACCCCGCCUACGACUUUGCUGCUCUGGGUCUGGACGACAAGAAGGACGAGGGCUCCAACUUCCGCGCCGAGAUUGGCCGUACUGUCGAUGACUCGAACCUGAAGGGCAUGAAGGUCCUCAAGAAGGAUGACCGGGAGGAGGACUACUUCGUCGGUACUGGUGGCAAGAAGGGUAAGAAGGGCAAGAAGGGUGCCAACGGUAGCCCUGCCGCUGCCGCUCCCGCCGAGACCAAGUUCAACCUGAACGUUGGUGUCAUUGAGGACUUCGCCAAGGUCAAGAUCGACCCUCCCAUGAACCAGGCCGAUGUCCCUGCCGUUGUUGAGAAGCUUGCGGCUAAGAUCACCGAGUGGAAGAAGAACCAGGCCUCCAAGACUGAGGAGAACAUCAAGAAGGCCCAGGAGGAGAUCGCUCGCCUGGAGGCUGAGGAGACCGCCGCCACCAACGACGACCGGGCUACCGACGCCGCCAAAAAGGUGGCUAUCAAGAACAGCGGUGUCAACGGCAAGGUCUCCGCGGAUGCCGAGCUGAAGCAGGAGAAGGACGCUGUUGCCGACGUCACGGAAGAGCUCGAGAAGGCCACGGUCGAGGAGCAGGCCUAAAUUCCGCGCCACCCAUAGACGAUUGCAUUGCAUUUGCAUUUGCAUUUUGACCGCGCCAGCCCAUGCGCAUGGUUAGAACCCAAAAGCUGACUAUAUAUCCGUGUGACUCUUUGGUUCUUCUCUUUUGCAUCUACCCUUCACCACUUCCCUGUCAUCUUUCCGCCUACCUCCCCACAUCCUUCCUCCCAUACUCCGGCCUUUUUCUAUGAAUGAGCAAGAAGCCAACAUGCACGGGUAUUGGUGACCCGUCGUGAUUACCGUGUGUUUGUAUUUUGGGAUUGGCUUUUGGACUGGUCUCUUGCCUUCUUGUGUAAUCAAUUAUAUCGAUUUCCCUAUUCUUUGUCUCACCUUUCUCCUCUGCUGAAUCCGUUGACGAACCUGGCGAGAACGAUAGCGUUUAGCGAAUCC